CACUAGCUGUAGGUUUUCCAUCAUCAAGAAUGCUUAGCGACAUAUUAUGACCCCACCAUGUUUCUUUUGGAGGCAUUGUAAUUGUCGUUGAUUUUCUCAUCACACUUUCAAGUCUCUCACUCCAUUUAACUUUCCGAAAUAUAGAACUCGAAAGCAUCUCACUUUCAUCUCAGAAUGGUGUCCGUCAACCAUCAGUCAUUUUGGCUCAAAGGGAAUCAUUUCUGUGUGUUACUAUUCAAAUCGAUGAUGUGAAAUUUGAGGAUCUCACAGCAGAUUUCUUUGCUCAAAUUAAUGGCCAACGUAUGAAGCGUACACCUACCAAUACACGAGUCAUCGAGUUGACUAUCCCCAAAAAAGAGUCUAAAUGGUGGCCAAGGCUCAUGAAGGAGAAAGAAAAGGUGAGAGUCUACUUUCCUUCAUGGGCUUUUUGUUUGAUAAAGCUUGAUGACCAAGCCAAGGCCACGAAUCUUAGCUUUGCGAGUAAACAUGAUAGGUGCAACUCACCCUCCAACUCUAGUGCGAAGCUGAUCAGCAAAAUUUGA